GCCAACCCCUGUAUAGAUGACAUCAUGUCAUGUGAUCCGUUUGCACCGUUUGUCUCGACUCCUGACCAGGACAGCUUCGGCUUCAUCUCCAUACCAACAACCGUUACGGACCUGACACUCAACCAUGCCCUCGCACCCGCGAUAAUACGCCAUUAUGUCGUCUCUGUCUUCAGCCUCGUCCGGCGCAGCUCCCUCCACCCCUACCCACAUCCGCAUCUUCACCCUCAACUGCUGGGGCCUGAAGUUCCUCGCCAAACACCGCAAUGAGCGCCUCUCCGAGAUAGGGCGCCAGAUCGCCCUGAUCUCCCCACCGCCCGACAUCGUCGGCUUGCAAGAAUGCUGGACACAGCAGGACUACGACGCCAUCCGGCACGCGACCCGCGACAUCCUCCCCCACGGCAAAUUCUACUACGGCGGCAUGAUGGGCGCCGGGUUGGCCAUCCUCUCGCGCUUCCCCAUUGAAGACUCCAGCAUGUUCGGCUACCCCCUCAACGGCCGCCCGACGGCCUUCUUCCGCGGCGACUGGUUCGUCGGAAAGGGCGUCGCUUGCGCCACCGUCCGCUUCGGUCCCCGUCCCCGCGAUGUCGCCGCGGUCUUCUGCACCCACCUCCACGCCCCCUACGAGCGCGAACCCCACGACAGCUACCUCUGCCACCGCACCGCCCAGGCCUGGGAGAUUGCCAAGCUAAUGCGCGCCGCCGCCGAGCGAGGCCACCUCGUCGUCGCCCUCGGCGACUUCAACAUGCUGCCCUCGUCGUUCGCCCACGCCCUUAUCCGCGGCCGCAGCCCCGUCCGUGACGCCUGGCAGAUCAUCUACCCCGAUUCGUCCGUCGGACCGGCCGACCACCCCGAGGAGAAACGCCGUAAUCGUCCCGUCCCGUCCGCGGAGUUCAACCUGCGCGUCAACGGCGCCACCUGCGACGGCAAGUACAACACGUGGCGCUGGUCGGAGGCAGACCGGAAACGUCUCGCCCGCGAAGACGUCGCGGUGAAUCCGGAGGCGGCGGACCCGCGCGGCAAACGUCUGGAUUAUAUCUUUGUCGGUGAUGGGGGCUCCGCGCUAGGGGAUGAUGCGGACACCCCGCGGUGGAGCGUCGAGUCAGUGCAUCUGGGCAUGACGCAGCGGCAUCCGACGCUGCGGUGUUCGCUGAGCGACCACUUCUCUGUCGAGGCUGUGAUUACACGCACACCGACGAAGGCAGCUGCGGAGUUGGAGAAGGAUGCCCAGCGGCGUGGCGUGCAGACCCUGGGCGCGGAAACCUACGAUCGCAUCCUCGAGAUGAUCGCCACGUAUGUCGUGCGUGAACGGACCCAGCGGCGCUGGCGACUCGCGCACUUCGUGGCGUCGGUGCUGGUGUCCAUUGGGUGCUUUGUCGGGGUGUGGUGGACGGGAAACAACCUCGCGUAUGUGGCGUUCAUCUUGGUCCUGGUGAGCACGCUGAGUUUCGGGGCGGGGAUCCUGGACGGCUUGAUCGGGGGGUUGUUCGUGUCGAGUGAGUUGAGGGCGUUGAAGGAGUUUGAGUGGGAGGUGCGGAACGCGCGAGCGUUGGCUGUUGCUGCUGGGGUGGGAGAGGGGGAGAGGCUGGAGUGAGUUGCCUUCUUAUCAAUUCUCGAUCGGAAGAUAGCAUUCUGUGAUCGCGCAAAACAACUCGUCCCUAGUAUAAGCGAAAG